AUGAAUGAAAAACGUAUGCUUUUGUCCGAUUUUAACAUCGCGACAGAACGCCAAAGAAUUAACGGUAUGUUACUAGAAUUAUAUAAUGAGAAAAUACCUUCCUACGAAACCCGAUCCGAUUGCCUUUUCAACGAAAUUGAAAUUAAUGAUAACGAAAUCGUCGAAAUUUGCGAAGGCACACCUAUCGAAUCUGAUUCCGACGUUAGUAUUGUAUCUACAUCUUCUUCUAAUAGUAGAAGAUCAACGAGAUCCACAAGAAGCACGGUUAACUACAGUGCAUCUAGAAAAUCAAAUAAAAAUAAACUAAAACCUAUGAAAUAUUGUAAAAGAACUCACGGUAUUUACGGUUGUUUUGCAAAAAGUGCCAAACAUUCAAUCGACUAUCUCGAAUGUGGAAAAAUAGGUGACCAAAUAUGUAAACAUUGCAAGGCACUUUUGUUUAAAGAUGAAACUAGCGCUAUAUGUUGUAAUCACGGUACUGUUAUGUUACCUGCAAUUUCACCGGUUCCCGAAGAUAUUCGAAAGUUAAUGGACGAUCCCGUACACGGAAAACAUUUUCGACAGUACUUCCGAAUUUAUAACAUGCUAUUAAGUUUUGGUAGUAUAGAAGCGGGUCGAAAAAAGGCACCCGGACAAGGUCCACCGGUUAUGCUAAUUAAUGGCGAAAUUAAACGAAACAUAAGUCCCCUGUUUGCACCCGACGGAAAAACGCCAGUACACGGUCAAUUGUACAUGCUUGAUCCGAUGAUGAUGCAAGAUUCGGUAGCUCAAAAUCCGCUGUCUACAAAAUUCGGCAUUAAACGGGAAAUAUUACAAAAAUUGUUCACUAUAUUACAAAAACACCAUCCGCUUUGCGAAGCGUUUAAUAUAAUGCACCAACUCUAUAUGGAAACAUCGGCCGAUGUGCAAAGACAAGGGUUUGAUGAAGUACAACAUGUCACAUUAGUCUUGGUAAAUCCGAGACAAGUUCCUGACGCAAUAAUUGAUCCCGGUUUACAUCCACGUGCAGUUAAUUUACCACAAGUAAAAGAAUUGUGCGCUUUUUAUGUUAGUAACGAAAACGACGAACCGGUAUAUCGCUAUGGUACUUGGUUAAAAAAGAAAAAUGGGCAAGUAAUAUGUUUUCCACUUUAUGAUCGACUAAACGAUUGCCUGCAUUACGUUUUAAACUUGGCGAACGGUGAUUUUGGAUAUUAUCCAGGUAUAGAAAAAGUUAAAAAACGGAAUACGCCAAAUCAACGUACAAUUACUUCAGCUGAACAAAAUGAUCUCGGUUGUUCGCCAAACGCCGUUUACGACGAAGAAAUAGAUGAAGUUGAGCACAAAAACCACGUAUCCGUAAGAGAUUUUUAUAGAUUUCACUUAGCAAUUCGUGGUGAUAAUAAAGGAGCUACGCACUUUUUAUAUCCCUUCGGUAGUAUCACACAAGAAUAUAUUAUCGAUCAGAGCAUCAAAGCCGAUCAGCAAGUGCACGAAUUUAUUAAGAAAAAUUACGAUACAUUUUGUACCACUGCUCCCGAGGUACGCAUGGCAUUGGAUAGAGAUUUACAAAAAUUAUGCGAAGGAAAAAAAUUAGGAAAAGUCUUACGAUUAUCUCCUAGAAUGGUAGGUUCUCCUGCGUGGUAUCAACAACACUUUCACGAUGCCACGGCUCUGUUUAACCGCAUUGGUCGUCCGACCUUUAUGAUUGCCACCACGUGCAACCCCUCGUGGAACGAAGUAAAAGAACAUUUAUUAAAAAAUCAAUAUAUUACAGAUCGCCCUGAUAUUAUAUGUAGAGUCUUUCUAGUAAAAAUUGAAAAAAUGCGAAAGCUUAUCGAAAAAGGUCAUAUAUUUGGUAAAGUUAAAGCAUUUAUCGAAAGUUUAGAAUUUCAAAAGAGAGGCGGACCCCACACUCAUCGCUUAAUUAGCUUAGAUUGUCCAAAUUCUCCCGAGUACGUAGAUGAAUACGUAUCCGCAGAAAUACCUAAAUUACCCGACGCAAACGAUAAAAGUGACGAAGCAGAAAUGAGUAGAAAAUUACGAGAGCUAGUGAUAAAGUUUCAAAUUCACAAUUGUAAUACUAUUUGUCUUAACGAUAGUGGUAAAUGUUCGAAAGGUUUUCCAAAAAAAUUUUCAAAUUCCACUAUAACGUACGAAGAUAGACCCGCAAUAUACAAGCGAAGAUCGCCUGAAAACGGAGGAGAAACUUACAAAACACCUGGCGGAAAUAUAAUUACGAAUGCCUCUGUUGUUCCUUAG